AUGGACGCGCCCGUUUUUACCUGCUUCCCCAGGCUUCCGCUAGAAUUGAGGUAUGUGAUUUGGAACGAGACGAUGCCAUCGGAUGAUGGGCCAGUCAUGUAUCCAUUCGGCGAUCACUUCAUCAACUACACAACGCAGCCAGCGGAAUCAGCCCAGCCGCUGAUGGUGCAGCUCCCCAUGCCGACGGCCUUCUUCGUCUGUCGCGAAGCGCGUAGGGUUGCAGAGCGGUGGAUCGCCUCCGUCAACGGAUGGCUACAUUUCCGCAGAGAGACGCAGGGCCACAUCGCCGUACGCGCCUGGAAUGAGGUAACGGAUUUGCUCUAUGUCCCGCGGCCUAAGUGGCGCUUAUUCUCGGCCGGCAUGGUCGGAGAAGUGCCCGAGGAGGGGUCGAUCUACGACCGCAUGUACGCGAGGGUGAGAAACCUGGCGCUGCCCGCCUUCACCGCGUACUACAGCCUAGUGGGACUCGUCUCAGCCAUGGACCUCGCGCCGAAUCUCACCGCCGUGCACGUCGUUUGGGGCCCCCUACCGGAGGUUCGCGCAUCCGCCCCUGGGGAAGCGUUGGAGGAGGCGGCUGUACAGCCUCGCUGGGCUGUGGAGGUUGAGGACAGCGAGUAUGUGAGGAUGUGUUGCCACGAUGAGCCCUCGGGUGUGACGACUUGGGAGAUGGGCGAGCUGGAGGAUUGGAUGUAUGAACUUCAUCAGGAACUGGCGCUUCAAGAAGAGCUUCCAGAACAGUACAUCGACGAUGUAAAGGGCGAGGUCAAACUGCCCUUUCGGUCCGUGAGGCUGAAGAAUGAGUAG